AAAUGGAACAUGAAUAAGAAGAAUAGGAGCUUUGUUCUCUGACAAAGGGCGGCAGAUCAGAUCUAACGUAAGCCUGCUGUCAGACUCGUGAAAGGACUAUAUUUUAACUCCUAUUUUUUACUAGUGAACAAGAUAAAGAUGUGAUGGACUCCAACAGAGAGAGCUCAAAUCAUGAAAAUGACACACAUAAUGAUGCAACACAGUUCAGAGUGACCUAUGCUCAAGGCAGAAACUGGAAAGGGGGGGGUCAUGAUAAGAAUGAGGAGUUCAACAAAAAGAGGUGUCCUCGGAAUCCAGGAAGAGUGAAAAGAGUCGUGUCCUGCAAGAGGAAAACCCAUCAUCUGACUGCGGCUCGGAGGAAGCAGCUCAGCUCCGGGAGGACCGGUGAUGCUGCAAACAAGGAAAAUGAGAUGCAGGACACUGAGCAGGACAGAUUACAUAUGGAUCCCUGGGACUUCCCUCUAAGUUUCAGUGAUGAUCAGAAGUCCUGCACAACUGACCCUGGACAGAUCAAUGUCUGCACACUCACUGAGCUCUCAAAGGAUCAUGAAAUGAUGACUCGCGUGCUGUUUGGAAGAAAUCUGAGACUAAGAGUGGCUUUUACACUGUGGCAGAGAAAUGUUGGGGAGCUCUUAACGUACUUUCUCAGAAUCCAAGACACUGGAGUGUUUGUGGAUUUUCUCCCUCUGAUAAUCAAAAGCAUUGAGGAGCAGUCUCCCUCCAUGACGAUCGGAUGCUGCGUGGACUUUUUCCCUCUGGUUACAAAAGUCCUCAAGAAUCCAUACGAGGAGCAUCUCAUGGUUGGCUUAAAGUGGGUCAGUUCAGUUUUGAGGAACUGGUCAAGGGAACUGAGAGCGAGUGGCUUCGGAGGAGCAGCUGACCCCCUGUUAGACCAAAACUACAGAGUUUUCAAUCAGCAGUUACUGAAGUUAUGGUACGAGGAACCUUUCUUGAAAUCUCUCCCGGGAGCUGCAGGAGACCUGGCGAUGGUCAUCGACUCCUUUCUGUCCCAACUGACGUGACAGAAGGUGAAGAUAUAGAGAACAUCUUCUCCUCAAUAUUUAACUUUGAUUUUAUUUCCAUAAUUAUGUAUUGAUAGAUUUAUUUGCGAAGAGACCCAAUCACAAUAUACAAAAGAUGAAACUUCACAUUAAAAGAAUUGGGAAGCUUUCCAAAUUGUCGAAAAUAGUUUUCUUCUGGUUUUCUCUGACAUGUGCAAAUUUAAAGCCUUGAUUAUCUGUUGUAAACUCUUCUUAAUCCCACUUUCAGAACCACUACUUCAAGAAAGUGCAAUGUCUUUAUAGUUUUAAAGUGUAGCUCAGGGGUGUGCAAAGCAUUUUAGUUGAGAGGUCAUAAAAAGCCCAAUUUCAUCUUGAGUGGGCUGGAUCAGUAAAAUAAUGCCAUAGUUGCCUCUAAAUUUAAAUUUUUAAGUUUUUCUUUGUUGUGGCGUAGAGUAUAUGUAAUGAGAGUGACUUGAUUUUCACAAAACUGCGCAAUUACUACCAACUAAAAUGACUGCAAUCUCAACAUGAAGCCAGUUUCAAUGAUGCCUUCUGGUGCAAAAUAAUGUAAAAUGUCAAAACAAAAAAAACAAAAAAAAACAUGUCUCCUUUAUGCAUGUUUUUAACAUGUUUGACACCUCUGGUGCAGCUUGAUUUGAUCAAGUACAAUGUAAAUAUCAAUAUCUUUAUCAGUCACUUUAUUGAUUUGUUGUGUCUGUCUCGUGAAUGGUUAAUAAAG